GAGAACUGACUAAUGAGGCAUCACGCAUGCGUGCGUUCUCUUUUCACCGGCGGCCAUAGGAGCUGGAACAGGAGGCCAGUAUGAAGUUCAAUCCCUUUGUAACAUCUUCCCGGAGGAAGAACCGCAAGAGGCACUUCAAUGCUCCAUCUCACAUCCGCAGGAAAAUUAUGUCCUCUCCACUCUCCAAGGAGCUGAGGCAGAAAUACAAUGUUCGCUCAAUGCCCAUACGCAAGGAUGAUGAGGUUCAGGUCGUCAGAGGGCAUUACAAGGGUCAGCAGAUCGGUAAAGUUGUCCAAGUAUACAGAAAAAAGUAUGUAAUCUAUAUUGAGCGAGUCCAGCGUGAAAAAGCCAAUGGUACUACAGUUCAUGUUGGCAUUCACCCCAGCAAGGUGGUGAUUACUAGGUUAAAGCUGGACAAGGAUCGCAAGAAGAUUCUGGAACGGAAGGCCAAAUCUCGCCAAGUUGGCAAAGAUAAGGGCAAAUAUAAGGAAGAAUCCGUUGAAAAAAUGCAGGAGUAAUUGAAUGCUUCAACUUUGCUACUUUAAAUAAAGAUUCAAAAACAAA